UUUGAUAACGCCACACAAUCAACUUAAUUCUCUCCGAGUUUUUAUUUCAUUUUCACCGCCCAGCUAAGUCGGUUGUGUUUUUUCGUGAAUCAAGUAAAUAUUUGGUUGUUGGUUUCCCGUUGGCUUGUCACACAAAUUUCUAAUUAACCAAUCUAUUCCAGCCUUUUUGUAUAAUGUCGUCCAAACCCGUCCUCUACUAUGCGCCCCGCAGUCCCCCCUGCCGCGCUGUUCUGCUGACUGCCGCCGCCCUGGGUCUGGAGUUGGAUCUACGCCCAGUCAACGUAAAAGCUGGAGAGCAUUUGUCAGCAGAGUUCCUGAAACUGAACCCACAGCACACUAUCCCGGUGCUGGAUGAUAAUGGCACCGUGGUCAGCGACUCCCACAUCAUCUGCAGCUAUCUGGCCGAUAAGUAUGCUCCUGCCGGCAAUGACUCCUUGUAUCCAAAGGAUGCGGCCCAGCGCCGUCUUGUGGAUGCCCGUUUGUACUACGAUUGCGGCCACCUGUUUCCGCGCGUCCGCUUCAUUGUAGAGCCUGUUAUCUACUUUGGAGUUGGAGAACUGCCGGCAGAUCGUGUGGCGUACCUCCAGAAGGCCUACGACGGUCUGGAGCACUGCCUGGCCAAUGGACCCUUCCUAACUGGCGACCAACUGACCAUUGCGGAUCUCAGCUGCAUCGCCUCAGUGUCCACGGCGGAGGCAUUUGCUCCCAUAGAAGCAGAAAAAUUUCCCAAGCUGGUGGAGUGGGUGAAGCGACUGCAGGCAUUGCCCUACUAUGCCAAAAACAACCAGGAGGGUCUGGACAUGCUAGUGGGUCUGGUCAAGGGAUUGGUGGCCGAACGUCAACAAAGUUAAUUCCAGAAAAGAAUUUUUGGAUGCAUUUAAUUUUUGUUUUUGAAAUUUGAAUAAACAAUUUUUCGAG